AUUAUUAAUAUAAUGCAAAAGCUACAGUAUCCACAUCAAGUAAAUAAGUCAUGGUUAAAGACGCCAAAUACACCACAUUCAUUUGGAUUUGUAAUUCAACUAUUUGACUUCUUAAUGGAUUUUGUGCCACCCCAUGAUGAGGAUCAAAUAAAUGAUAAAGAAUUUGAAUUUGAGGAUCCUGAAACGGCAACACAAAGUUCCCUUAUGCAAGAAUCACCGGAUGCAGAUUUUACAGCAUUGGUUUUACAAAAUUCCGAAGAAGGCUUUAAGCUCUGGGAUAAACAAUUAGAUGAUGAUCUACAUAAUCUGAAACAGCAGACGUGUGAUGUGCUAAUUUACAAGCGCUGUGGUCUACAAGGUAUUACAGCGCUAGAUGCGCAGUUAGAAGAACUAAAAACCGAUCUUAGUGCCGAAGAGAAAAAACGACCUAAAAUAAGCGAAGAAGAGGAAGAACGUUGUAAUCGCUUAGAAACUGAACUUAAAGAGAUACAAGAACAAAUACAGACAGCACAAGAAAGUUUAGAAAUAAUAAAUAACAAAUUAACUGAAUUACAAGAGGAGAAAAACGAAUGUAAAAGCGAACACACACAUCUAGUAAAAAAAGUAGAACAAAUACAAAAAAUACUUUCUACACAAACAGUUAGCGUGGACCGACGUGAUGCCCUUAUAGAGGAGUUAGAACAACGUAAGUACAUGUUACAACGAAUGGAACGUACUUUACGUGAUCUGGAAGGUAGUCAACACCAUCAACAAGUUUUAGUAUCGCGCCACAAAAAACGAUUGACCGAUCAAAUCGUCAAAUAUAACGAUCAUAUACGCAAUAUAAGUUGCACCAAACUACAAUGUGAUGAGAGUGUAUUGCAGUUGCCUCUCAAUCCACAGCUUGAGGAUGUUAAAGAACGCAUAAAAAUGUUGGAGGCAACACGCGCAAGUGUCCAGAACCAACUACAACAGAUAAUACAGCAAAAGCAGGUACUUGAUAAGCAAGCACUUCAAAUGAACCAUAAUAUAAAUACAUAUUUGAAAACAAAAUGUGCUGAACUAGAAAUGGCAAUAAAACACGCAGAACGUGACAGUAAAGAAAUUGCAAAACAAAUGCAAACACAAUGUACCGUCCUGGAUGCACAAUUGCAUAAACUAGAGGAGCGCAUGCAACAGUUACAAAUUGAUUGCAAGUCAUUAAAGAAUACAAAACAUGAAAAGCACAUGGCAUUAGAAAAUUUAGAAAAACAAAAUGAAGAUUUAAUGAAUCGCGCUGAAUUGGAAUAUAAAACGGUUGCCGAUGAACGCGAAGCAUAUCUUAAUGAAUAUGAGACGAAACUUGAGCAAGCAAAUCAGAUAUUAUUGCAAUUUGUUGAAGAAAUAGAGCAACGCGAAACAAUGCUGAAACGAAUCGAGGAAGAGGAGGUAAAAACUUAAUUAAAUACAUUUUAUAUUAUAUAUUAAUGAAAUGGAAUUUAAUUUAUGAUCUUUGUUUAUCUCUCAAUAUUAAAUACACAAUAAUUUAUUACAAAUACAAGUACACAUAAUGAUCAUAUAAUUAAAUUGCUAUACCUAUAUAUUAUCAAUAACUUGUCCAAUUACGUACAAUGUUCUGCCUUUAAAUAUAUAUUUUUUUAUAUAGUUAUGAUUUGAAACUUUUUUUUUUGGCUUAGUACUAUAAAUCGAAAACAUUGCUAUAAAAUGUAAUUUCGCUGAAAUUAUUAUAUUAAUAUUUAUUUAUAUUAUAACUCAAUGCUUUGUUAUUGGCAAAGCAAAAUCAAUUGUGAGCUAAUGAUAAUGAUUAUCUUAAUUUUUUUUUGGAUUAUAAAAGUUUGUAAUUUUGGCGAAAUCACAUUCAUAUAGCAACAGAGUUUAGCUUCAUUGCACAAUCCAUCAUAUUUUUAUAUGUCAUAUACUGAGUUCUUAUUUUCUGUUCAAUAUACUUUUU